UUGGCUCAACUUUCGUUCAUUGGGGACGAAGUGAUUGUCAGUCGAAAGAUACAGAACUUGUUUACUCAGGUUUUGUUGGAGGAGGACAUUACAAUGAGACUGGAGCAUCACCUGAGUUCGUGUGCUUACCGACUGACCCCAAGCUAAGAGAAACAACAGGAGGGUAUGAUUAUGGUAGAAUGUACGGAGCAGAAUACGGUACAAACUUCUGGGGACAACAUCCUAACCCUUUUAACAACGAACUACCAUGUGCCGUUUGUAGAAGCCAGCGUACGUCCACUACCAUAAUGAUCCCAGGAAAGGACACUUGUCAGACUGGAUGGAAAAUUAAAUACCAUGGAUACUUAGGAUCCAGUCACCAUUCUUAUACUUCCGGAUCAAUGUAUAUAUGUGUUGAUAUAAAUCAUCAAAGUGUACCGGGAGGAGGGAGUAGAAAUGAUGGCGGUAAACGUGUGUUCAAUGUAGUCGCAGAAUGUGGAUCGCUACAGUGUCCUCCGUAUACAAAUGGUGACUCAUUUUCGUGUGUUGUUUGUUCAAAAUAA